CCCUCGCAUCCAUCGAUCGCGGCCGCCCGUGCGCCGAGUCCGCGCUCCCACCACUUCCCCUUUGGCGCCUUGCCUGCCUGCCUUCCUCCUCCUCCACCACCCGAGCACCAGGCAUCAGCCUUCUCGAAGCUGGACCAGACUCGCCAUCGUCGAUCACACACGGAUGGUAUGCUGAGUUUUUGUUUCUCCGCUCUUCCGAUUCCACGACGAUCUAGUGUUGGGGUUCAUCAUGCUUUACCCAAUCGACAUGAUUUCAGCGGCUCUGGCUGCAUCGCUAGCAGGCAAUCUUCGUUACGUAUCAUCAGUUCAUCACCACACCGCACGCCCGCACUGCUCGAUUCCCAAUUGUAUUUAUUUACUUUUGUUGAAUUUGCUCGUUCGAUUGCCACCACGGAUGCUUGUAAAAAUGGAAGUCCAUCCAGACUGAAGACAAAGGAGCAAGCAGAUGGGGAACAAGUCAGCGUUGGCGGCUGUCUGAUUCCAGUGCGUUGGAUGCAGCUUGGACGGUUGCGAUGCGGUCUCCCCCAAGGGCCAUGCUCUCUCUCUCUCUCUCUCUCUCUCUCUCUCAGCCUACUACUUGACUCGAAUCCUCUCCACCAGCCUGCCCGUGCCCUCCUCCCCACCUCAAUUUGUCAGCGCCGGCGCCUUCUCCAGGCUCCAGGUCCAGGCUCUCAGCUCCCGCCGGCUCUCCUCCACCGGAGCACGACGCCCUCCUUCGAAUUCUUCUUCCGUGUCUCGCGCUCGUCCCCACUCCAACACCUCUCUUCGAUUGGUACUGCAAGUGCAGAUCCAGCCGGGCUUCGAUUGCCUCCCUCGCUAGGUGGUGAUCCUAUGACUGCAAUGAAGCCUGAGCAACUACUGUCUUGGAAACAAAUUUCAGUAUUGAUCCAUGGCAUCAAACAUUAAGCCACUCGUCAUCUUGCAACUUCAAAGGAGAUAGCAAAGUGAUUUGCUGUCUCCUGGUAACCUUUGCCUGCAAGGCCCAGUGAUGGCAGAUGCUAGUUCAAGGACUGACACCUCAACUGUUUUAGAAGACAACGACAAGAAUCGAAGGAUGGAAAACGGACAAAUUGUGGCAGCUGUGCCUUCUAAUUCUUCAGAUAGGUCUGAUAGGUCCGACAAACCUUUGGACCAAAAGACCUUGCGACGGCUAGCCCAAAAUCGUGAGGCAGCAAGAAAAAGUCGGCUGAGGAAAAAGGCAUAUGUGCAACAGCUAGAGAGCAGUAAGCUGAAACUUGCGCAACUGGAGCAGGAACUCCAGAAAGCUCGCCAGCAGGGAAUCUUCAUUUCCAGCUCUGGCGACCAAACCCAUGCCAUGAGUGGAAAUGGUAAUGUUUCAGGAGCGUUGACUUUUGACAUAGAGUAUACUAGAUGGCUAGAGGAGCAGAAUAAGCAGAUAAAUGAGUUGAGGACUGCAGUGAAUGCUCAUGCAAGUGACAGUGAUCUACGACUUAUUGUAGAUGGCAUAAUGGCACAUUAUGAUGAAAUAUUCAAGGUCAAAGGUGUUGCUGCGAAGGCUGAUGUAUUUCAUAUACUUUCAGGCAUGUGGAAGACACCUGCAGAAAGGUGCUUCCUCUGGCUUGGGGGUUUUCGUCCAUCUGAGCUUUUAAAGCUCUUAGCAAAUCACCUGGAGCCCCUAACUGAGCAACAAUUGCUGGGAUUGACCAACCUCCAGCAAUCUUCCCAGCAGGCAGAGGAUGCUUUGUCACAGGGCAUGGAAGCGCUGCAGCAAUCAUUGGCAGAGACUUUGGCUGGAUCUCUUGGUCCAUCAGGUUCUUCAGGCAAUGUGGCAAACUACAUGGGUCAGAUGGCCAUGGCCAUGGGCAAACUUGGGACACUUGAGAAUUUUCUUCGGCAGGCCGACAAUCUGCGACAGCAGACAUUGCAUCAAAUGCAACGGAUUCUAACAAUCCGACAGGCUUCUCGUGCUCUUCUUGCUAUCCAUGACUAUUUUUCUCGGUUGCGUGCUUUAAGUUCUCUGUGGCUUGCUAGGCCACGUGAAUAACCAAGGAUUGCCGUUAUGUUGAGUUCCAUGAGCUGGUGUGGUGAAUUCUAUGGCGCACUCAUUGACGACGAUGCAUUACAGUUACAGCUCACUGGUGACUUGGUUUUUGAUUGUACAAUUACUUUUAGCUGCUGCUUGGUCCAAAUUGUACUUAAGUGGUGUACAAGUAGGUUAAUGCUGUAAGUUAUGGUGAUUUGUGGGUGUAUUAGCAAUAAUGAUUAGAGGAAUCAGGAUCAGUGGUCUGUUGUUUGUAAUGGUUAGAAAGUUAUUAGUCCUAAAUGUAACUCCUGGGACAUGGGGGGCAGAAUGGGAAGAGAGUAAUAAGAGUCUCCCCUUGGUUGUUAUGUGGCAUAAAUGCAUAAUGGUUAUGUUUCUGUA